AUGGCCAACAAGCGAACUCUCUGGCUCCGAGUUGACUAUGGAGCAGCGAAUAGGAGCAUCUUUGAUUUUGUACCGUGCACUGUCAACGAGCAGAUAGGGGGCACUUUGUGUCUUCUCGACAUACAAGGAUCAGAGGGUCGCAUGCAGUUUGGCAUGAGUCCGUCUGACCGUGAUGGAAAUUUUCCGUCCGUGGGUACGCAGAUCUGGGUUGCGGUCGAGAUCAUGAAUUCCGGGCCACAUCCGUGCCCAUACUCAUCUAUUGCGACCUCGUUUACGUGGUCCAUCAUCGAAGACGUCCGCCAGCUUGGUAUCAAGAUCUUCUGGCAGGAAGAAAAUGGAGCGUGGAGCUUCUACCAUGUGACAAGCUCGGGAUACUACCCAAACAAUGAGGAUGUUGACAACAUUGCGGCCUUGAGAGCCUUUUUGAUGCAUGAAGAGUACGAAAACCGACCUGAAUGGAUGAAAUCUCUCGGUCUGGCCCACAAAGUAGUCCACAAGCUUCUUCGUUACGACAUCAACAUCGCCAGCGCAGCCAUGCUUGAAGCAGGCCUGCAGAACAUUCCGUCCAAGUGGAUGUCGUUCGACAAAGAGCCUACCGAAGCCUACAUUGCGAAGCAUGGUCAAGAAAUUCCCCCUGAGACCAUCAAGCACGUCAGAGAUCGAAGCAGCUGCGAUCGAUGCUACUUUCAUGCUACCAUCCAUGGAGAAGAUAAGGACUGCCAUCGGGCAUUUGAGUCGUCUGACACUUGCGGGUCGUGUCACGAACUCGGGCGCCCGUGCUCGUGGACGGCAUCAUCGGUCCUACUCGGCGACGCCCUUCUGCAGCCGAGAGAUGCAAUCAACGUGUUGGGAGAAUUCCCCUGGUCAGCACAGUCUGCGGCAUUCCGUACUGCCUUGCUGCAUGCGGACAAUGACAUGAUUAGAGAAGCCACAAAGCCUGUGACACUCCCGCUCGGCAUGGAUCUGGGUUUCCGCACGGUCAAGCUGUCGUGCGAAGAAUUGUCAGGCGACGAGUAUAGUUGUGAAUGA